ACAGCCAGUGGGAACACUUCCUGUUUCACACUGGAGAGAAAUUAAGAUGUGAAUAUCAGAGGGUAGGUUAUGAUUUAACCAGCUGUCCAUUCAUUUCCAGUCACCGAAUGAACAGCGGUGACACUCCUCCCUGCGCCGGUAGACGGUUUAUGAGAGGAAGCUCAAGGUCCCAGGUGCAGCCAUGCCCGUCUCCCUGCUGUGGGCGGUGGAUGUGUACGGGCGGGUCUACAGCCUGUCCACGGCGGGCCAGCAGUGGGAGCAUUGCCAUGACGCCCAGAUGGAGUUCAAGCGGGUGACGGCGGCUCAGCAGUGCUGCUGGGGCAUCGCCUGCGACAAUAACAUCUACCUGAACGUCCACGCUUCUGAUCUGCCCGUCCGCUACCAGGAGGAGACCUACGAGAACCAACGAUGGAAUCCUGUCGAUGGUUUCUCGGAGCGUUUGUUGCCAAGCGACCGCUGGCAGUGGAGUGAUGUCACGGGUCUGCAACACCAGCCUCUGGACAGUUUUCGACUUCCCUCUGACAGCUGGGAGUGGGAGGCCGACUGGUACAUUGAUGAAAACUUUGAGGGAGAGCCCACAGAGAAAGGGGGAUGGACCUAUGCCAUCGACUUCCCCGCCACCUACACCAAAGACAAGAAGUGGAACUCCUGUGUCCGUCGCAGGCGAUGGCUUCGCUACAGGAGGUACAAAGCCAUGGACACCUGGUCUAAGAUCCCCUCGCAGCAGACGACUCUACCAGAUCCCUUCAGCGACAUCAGCUGUGGAGGCUGGGAGAUCAGUGAGGAGCCCAGGGGCCGGCUGUCACUGUGGGCAGUGUCCCUGCAGGGCAAGGUGUGGUUCAGGGAGGGAAUCUAUCACCAAAACCCUGAGGGCUCUUUGUGGGAGGAGGUGUCUCUCCCCGGGGAGGUAGUCCAGAUCAGCUGUGGCCCAGGGGACCUGGUAUGGGCGGCGCUGUGGGAGGGGCAGCUCAUUGUCAGGGAGGGCAUUGGCCGAGAUUGCCCCAAAGGUACCUCCUGGGCUGUGGUGGACUCUCCCAGUCCUGAUGUGGGAGCCAUACAUGUAGCCGUGGGAGUCAAUGUGGUUUGGGCUGUGACCAAAGAUAAUAAAGUGUGGUUCAGACGUGGCGUGAACUCUCACAACCCCUGUGGCUCUGGCUGGAUCAGCAUGGUUGGAGAAAUGAUCAUGGUCAACGUAGGACUCAACGACCAGGUGUGGGGUAUCAGUUGCGAGGACCGGGCGGUGUACUUCAGACAGGGUGUGACCUCCAGUGAACUGAGCGGGAAAACCUGGAAGGUUAUCAGCGUUCCCCGAGAUGGAGAUCGAUCUCACUCCAGUGCCAGCGCAAACAGCCUGCAGAGUGCUGGAUAUUACUUCAGUGGUGAGGUGCGUGCUCAGUCAGUGGUGAGUGAUGUGGAAUCAGACACGGAGAAAGGAUCUACAGAUGGACCCGCCUGCCUCGUCACCUCUGCCUCCCCAGAGUCCUUUGUUGAUGCCCCGACAGAUCACACCUCUGACCAGCCCACUGACACCCCCAAAGCCCGCAUCCCCAAAGUCACCAGCGACAGCUUCAUCUCCGAACUCGUCUCUGAUCGAGAGCCCGCAAAGACCAUAAGAGAUGUCGGAUCUGCCGCUCCUGCUGUUCUGGAGGAGGAGACCAUCCCCGGAGAGGGAGAGGUCAAAGCUCCCUGCACCGACAGUAGCCUUUCCCCCACUCAGUCAGGAGGUCUCCUCGACCCCCAGUGGAGUAACGUGGACCUGGAGGAGGCGCAGGGUCAGCAGGCUCAGACUGCAGCGGAUGCUGAAUCAGCAGAUACUUGCAGCCUGUCAUCGGUGGCUACAUACACCCUUGCCAUGGAGGAUCCAUAUGGGGCAGAUGAGCACCCUCUGUGGGCGUGGGUCAGUGGAGGAGGCUGCUCUGUGGACACUCACUCCCAACUCAACUGGUUCAACUGCACUAUGAACACUUCAUCUCUGGUUCAGUCAGUCCAGUCCAUGAGUCUGUCUGUGACCCCAGCCCAGACGGCAGCCUGGCGGAGACAAAUCUUUGAACAACUCAGUGAGAGGACCAAGAGAGAGAUGGAUAAUUUCAGACAUUACGAACAAGCCAUAGAGCAGUCUGUGUGGGUGAAGAAGGGGACCAUGCAGUGGUGGAGAGACUGGAAGCCACACAAGUGGAUAGAUGUUCAUUUUGCCUUGGAGCAGUUCUCAGGACCAGAGGGCAACAAGGACGGCAUCCUUUUCAUCUACUACAACUUCUAUGAGGAGAAGAAGUACCUGCAUGCCUUCAUCAAUGAGGUCACAAUCCUGGUUCCUGUACUAAAUGACUCCAAACACACUUUUGCCAUCUACACUCCUGAGCGGACCAAACAGAGGUGGCCAAUCAGACUGGCUGCGGCCACUGAGCUGGAAAUGCAUGACUGGCUGGCAUUGUUGAGUGUGUCAUGCUGCGACUCCAGGGGGAUCCAGGGUCCUCCCUCUAAGCAGGCCAUCUGGUCCAUCACCUGUAAAGGAGACAUCUUUGUCAGUGAGCCCUCUCCUGCUCUGGAGGCCAUGCCUUACCCCACACCCUGCGACCAGAUGUUCUGGCGGCAGGUUGGAGGUCACCUGCGCACGGUGGAGUGUAACAGCGUUGGGAUAGUGUGGGGGAUCGGCUAUGACCACACUGCCUGGGUCUACACCGGGGGCUACGGAGGGGGCUUCUUCCAGGGACUGGCCAGCAGCACAGAUAACAUUUACACACAGACUGACGUCAAGAGUGUCUACAUCUACGAGAACCAGAGGUGGAACCCCGUCACAGGCUACACCAACAGAGGUCUACCUACAGACCGCUACAUGUGGAGCGAUGCAUCAGGACUACACGAGUGCACAAAAACAAAUACCAAACCUCCCUCACCUCAGUGGACAUGGGUGUCUGACUGGGCCAUCGACUACAGCGUCUCAGGAGGGACAGACAGAGAGGGCUGGCAAUAUGCAGCUGAUUUUCCAGCGUCGUAUCAUGGCUAUAAAACCAUGAAGGACUUUGUUCGUCGCAGGCGAUGGGCCAGGAAGUGUAAACUGAACACUACAGGACCCUGGCAAGAAAUCCCACCCAUCCCACUGAGUGACGUGACCAUCCUGCCGUGUGCCGCUCAGAGCAGCGUGGACGUGGUUCCUCUGUGGGCGAUCAGCAACAAGGGAGACGUACUCUGCCGACUGGGAGUCACCACACUGACACCUGCUGGAUCCUCAUGGCUCCAUGUGGGAACUGACCAGCCUUUCAAGUCCAUCUCCAUUGGUGCUGCCAGCCAGGUUUGGGCCAUUGCAAAAGACAGCUCUGCCUUUUAUAGAGGAUCUGUCUCUCCUCAGAGCCCUGCAGGAGACUGUUGGUACCACAUCCCCUCCCCAGCCAAGCAGAAGCUGAAGCAGGUGUCUGUUGGGAGGACAUCAGUCUACACUGUAGAUGAAAAUGGUAACUUAUGGUACAGGCAGGGUGUGACCCCCAGCUACCCUCAGGGCUCCUCCUGGGAACACAUCUCUAAUAAUGUACGCAAGGUCUCUGUAGGGCCUCUGGACCAGGUGUGGAUCAUAGCAGACAAGGUGCAGGGCAGCCACAGUCUGAGCUGUGGCACAGUGUGCCAUCGACUCGGAGUCCAACCCAUGGAGCCCAAAGGGCAGUCGUGGGACUACGGCAUUGGGGGUGGAUGGGAUCACAUCACGGUGAGAGGGAACUCCAUGGAGCCGCCCCGCAUCUGUCUUCCCUCUCUAACAGACCCGUCUGCCCCGGCCCCUCGGAGCCCCCUCCUGGCCAGGAGCGGGGAGGUCAACAGCAAUGCUGUGGGAUGCUAGAUGCACUCAUAGACACACACACACACACACACAAAUGGGCACACACUCUGUAUGUAGACAUCCUAAACCAUAUUACCUUUGUAAUAUUUUUUUGUUUAAGUAGCAGCAAUGAUAGUUCUCACAUCUCCUGAGGCAGUGUAGCAGAAAGUUUUCAUUUUUUGACAUUUAGAACAAUCUGAUAGCUUCAAUGCUGAACUGAAGACAACCUUUAGUCCUUUGACCAAAAUGUUGUUCCUUGCACUAACCAUUCAUCUCCUCUGUUCGGGCAUUUCUGUGACAUUUUUUGCUGUUGCUGCUCGUCUUUUGUCACUGACACUGAACUUAACAGUCUUAAUGCAUUUUGUUUCUUAUUUAUUCAUCAGGACGUGAUGCUUCUGUUGGUUCAUGUGGUCUCUGUGUAUAGAGUACCGCAUGUAAAGUCAAGCUGAGGGUGGAAGGGUGAUGUUUUUAAAAAGAUAUUUAUAUUUUAGUUUUUUGUUUAAUGUAGACAGAGAAACAUUUGUGUACUUACAUUUGCUUAGCUGCUGAACUGUCAGUUCCAGGGCUGAUAUUGUGUACAAAAUAGAAAUUAUUUUUCAUCUUAGCCUGCAGGCAGCAGGUUAAUAACACAUGGUAAAACAGAGUAAAGCCUGAUUACUCUGACUAAAAUGUAUAACUGCAUAAAGCAAGCAGGACAAUGUUUGAUCCAGGCUGCUUCUGUUGUCUGCUAAUCAGACAAACUGCUGUAUAACUUAAUACCACAGACCACUGAAAAAACCAGAUGCAGCUUCUGUGUGACGACCACAGGUUUCUGAAAGGACUUGGGUUUAUUGCGUGCCACAAUCCUGCCUGCCAGAAAAUCCAAAUUUGUGCAAAGUGGGGAAACGUGUGUGAAGCUGCGUUUGGAUGGGCAAGAAAAAAUCACAAUGGUUGAAUGUGAUAGCAUGAGACAUCUCUAAGAGCAGUUUUCUAGCCUUUCUUAAAGGUACAAUAAGGAGUCAAAUUUCCAGGUACAUAGGGAACAGUGUCGUUGGAGUAGCAUGUAGCAGCUGUAACAAGAUCUACAGUGGUUUAAUUUACCUGUGGUGGUUGCUGCUUGCCCGGUACAAACAGCUCUGAUGUUUUAUAAAGACUUUGAUGUUAUUUUAUGAUGUUACUGUCAUGGAGUAUGUGCAAUGAUUAUUGUUGUAAAUAAGGGAAAGAUGUGGAUCACUUGUAAAAGUUUUGUGGUUGAAAUUCUAAAACUGAACCUUCCUCUUUCUCAGGAGAAUGUUGCCACUUGCAUGUCGUCUACUUCCUUUGUAGUAGAAUGACUGAGCAGUGAGCAAAACAGUUGUCAAGAAACACUAUAUUUUUGUUAUAAAUCUGUAAGAUAAUGGUAUUAUACAGCACAUGCAGUGGUGCUGUCUAAAGGUGGAGUAGUAUUGUACAUUUAACAAAGAUCAAUUAAUUUAAAAUAGUUUUCCUUUAAGAAAUAUUCAAACCUAACACACUGAUGAGUUGCAGCUUUUCAGGCAUUAGUAUAUGUUGGCUGUGUAAAUUCACCCAUAUAGGAAGUAACUCUAAAUAUGAUGCAGCAUAUUUACAUGUUGAAAGUGUGCAGAGGUCUGUCUGCAUUACCUGUGAAUAACUAAUAUGAAACUGUGUUGCUGUGGUGUGCAACACGUCAGUGCCGUUGACAUUGUGGAGUACAAUUCUCAAGUGUCGUGCAUGGUCAAAAUAACAGUCCUCUUCAAUAAAUAAAUGUGUUUAUUGAUGAUAACUUCUCAAA